AUGGCACCAAGUGACAUGCAAAUCACAAGCGUCGAGCCUCUCCAUGUUGGGCAGUUUAUGUUUGUUCGUAUCACCACUGACCAACAUGUCACGGGAUACGGGGAGGCCGGCAUUUGGGGCCAUAUCACGACCGCUGCAACGGCCAUCGUCAGGUUCGCAGAGUAUCUGCUUGGGAAGAAAGCGUUUGAAAUCGAGCACCACUGGAAUGUCAUGCACCGUUUCAGCUACUUUCAAGGCCUGGCUAUCAACGCCGCCAUCUCAGCCAUUGACAUUGCCCUCUGGGACAUCAAAGGGAAAGCGCUCGGCGUGCCGGUCUAUGAGCUGCUGGGUGGGAGAUGCCGUUCCAAGGCCCGAGUGUAUGGCCACAUUUACGAGAAGACGAUUGAGAAGGUCUUGGCCGAAUGCCAACGCAAGAUGGACCACGGCUUCACGGCGUUUGGCCACAUCAACCCUUUCCUCGAUGAGGGCACUGACAACGUGUACUUCAAGACGCAUAUCAAGAAGAUGAAGGAUGCUGAGGAGAACGUGAGACGGAUGCGAGAGGUGGUGGGAAACAAGGUUGACCUGCUCAUUGAACUCCAUCGCCGCCUGACCCCGGCCGAAGCCAUCACCUUCUGCAACAACAUCCAAGACACCUAUCCCAUGUUCGUCGAGGACCCCAUUCGGCCCGAAAGCGCCGAUGCGAUGGCGCGCGUGGCCGACCGACUGGCUGUUCCCAUUGCGACCGGUGAGCGCUUCUGCACUCUCUACGAGUUCCAGAGCCACUUGUCGCGCAAUGCGUUGGAAUUCGCGCGCGUCGACGUCGCGGUUUGCGGCGGGAUCACAGGAGCCAUGAAGGUGGCAGCCAUUGCCGAGGCGCACAACGUCCAGAUUGUGCCUCACAACCCUCUGUCGCCCAUAGGUCUCGCAGCCUGUCUGCAGGUUGCGGCCAGCGUGCCCAAUUUCGCGAUCCAGGAAUAUGCCACGGGCUUCGAGGCUGGCGUCUUCACGUCCACAAUGCAGCACCUCGGCAGUGACAUUGUCGACUACUGCCCUCCGGUCGAGGAAGGAUUCGUGACCAUUCCUACCCGGCCAGGGCUGGGAGUCAAUCUGCGAGAGGACGCGUCCCAGAUAAGGCCUCCUCUCACUCAACCCAUCAAGAUGCGACCACACAAAGACGGGUUCAUUGUCGAUCAGUAG